AUGGAUACCCAGAAGGACGUUCAGCCUCCAAAGCAACAAUCAAUGAUCUACAUCUGUGGAAAGUGUCACACAGAAAAUGAAAUGAAGUCCAGGGAUCCAAUCAGAUGCAGAGAAAGUGGAUACAAAAUUAUGUACAAGAAAAGAACUAAACUGUUGGUGGUCUUUGAUGCUCAAUGA